AUGGAGACGGAACAGCAUAGGACGAAUAAAAGGACCGGUACUUAUGGCUUGAUUCAGGACCCCAAAUAUUUGUACUUGAAUCCCGACUGGGGACUUCAUAUUCACGUAAGCGGCUGUUCGUAUAAAAAAAUUGCAAUUUUUAGGCGAUAAAUGUGUUCUUCGCCGUGAAUCAGUUCGUUUUCACGAUUUCCUGUUGGAUCUACCUAUUCUACAUCAAAUUUGAGCCGGCGUGGGUUUACUGGAUCGUCUUUGUCUCGUGGUUCACAACGGCGUUGGUGAUUUUUGGCACGUUGACAAAGAAUUUUGAGUAUUAUUAUCCAUAUCUGGCUUAUCACGUAAGCAAAGGUUUAGUCUUUUAGGCGUUAGAUUAAUAAGAAAAGUGUUCGCCGUAGGCUGCCAAAAUUUUCCAUUUUUUCGCACGUCUUGGAUCGCGAAUGGAAGCUUUAACUCGUCGUUCCGACAAAAUUUGAAAAGAUUUUCUUUUCGAAAAACAGUGAAGGACCGGAUCCAGUGGCAAAAACCUUCCAUUUUACAUCCGGGAAGCAUCAAAAAUGUGGCAGAAUGCUUCCCUCUCCAAGUGAAAAAAUUCAUUUUGAAGGGCGCGCCCUUUCCCUCACAAAAAGAGCGGAAUAACCACGAGAAAGCAAAAUCUUUAUUCAAAUGAUACAGUAAUUUAAUUAAAUAUUAAUUUCAGGGCGUAGUUGUCCCAUUAAACACGGUAGCCUGCGCUGUCGUUUUUGUUCGGCGAUUAAUGGAAGUGGACACCAAAACAAUCCUGGAUACCUCACAAGUUACCUUUGCGGUCCUUCUUAUCAUCGGCGCCAGCACACUGAUCUUCAAUAUUCUCCUGUUGACAUCGUAUUAUUUUAUCUACCUCGGCUACAAGUACUUGAAAUACGACUGCGACGACAGACGGAUUUUUGUCAACAAACAUCCGGUUUGA